AUACGUCAUCAAAAGUACUUCCGGGUUGCUCAAGCUUCCGUGUUUGUAAUCUAGCUAAUGCGAGCUAGCCGCCUAUUGGCAGCGGUAUUAAUUCAUCUGAGAUGAAGCCAAAGUCCACUCGGUGCUGAAUUCGACACGACCAGCAAAGUCCACUAUGUCAUUACCAGAGGAGUCCGGGGCUCGCAGCAAAGAGCGCGAGAGGGGAGCUCGCCCCAAGGUGCGACAGAGCCGUUCAGAGGAGAGACGAAGCACUGGCGGCGGUAACAAAGCUUCUCACGGCAGAUGGAAAGGUUUCGGCCCGCGUGAGCGGGCGGCUGAACGGCCCGUCAGCGAUGGCUUUGAGUAUGGGGACUUUUUAAACGAUUUGGAGAGCAGGGACCAGGCGGGAGGCAGCUCCUCAUUUCCUCAAAGCUGCCAAUGUCACGCUCAGGAAGCCUCAGAAGAGGCGGCGUCCAGUCCGGAGCUGGGAGCAGAGUCGUUGGCCAGCGAAGGCAGUAGCGGUCGCACACUCCGGCAAAAAAUCCAAGACGCGGUGGGGCAGUGCUUCCCCAUGAAAGCGCACAGCGCGCCCAACGCGCCGUCUCUCCAUCAAGCCUUUUCCCUGUCGGCAGGCAGCAUCGCCUCCAGGCGGAAGAUCCACCUGAGCGAGCUGAUGCUGGACAGCUGUCCAUUUGUGGCGGGCUCGGAGCUGGCUCAAAAGUGGCAUCUCAUAAAACAGCACACGGCGCCGGACCCCGCCGCUGUACCGGCGCCGUUCCCCGUGGACGACGUGGAUGACCGGCUGAGGGAGCGCCGGCGCAUCAGCAUCGAGCACGGCGUGGAGCCGCCGGCCAACGCCGAGAUCCACACGCUGGAGGUGACGUCCCCGGCUGGCGUGGUGCUCCACAGGCGCCGUGGGCCCAAGUUGGCGCACGGUGCGGCUGAAGUUGAGCAGAAGCAGCUUCUCCUCCAGCGCCAUCACCAGCUCCUUCUGCAGAGCUGUUUGGAUACUCUUGAUGAGGUGGUGGCAUCCUCCUCCUCUUCCUCCUCCUCCUCCUCAUCCUCCUCCUCCUCUUGCGACAUUAGCGCCACGGGCAACCCAGAAGCGGCCCCGAGGGCCACGCCCCCCCACGCCGGACCGCACGUUCACACUCAGAUCGACUACAUCCACUGUUUGGUCCCCGACCUGCUGCAGAUCACCAACCUGCCUUGCUACUGGGGCGUCAUGGACCGUUACGAGGCAGAGGCGCUCCUGGAGGGGAAACCGGCGGGCACCUUUCUGCUGCGCGACUCGGCCCAAGAGGACUACCUCUUCUCCGUCAGCUUCCGCCGCUACGGCCGCUCGCUGCACGCCCGCGUGGACCAGUGGAACCACAACUUCAGCUUCGACGUGCGCGACCCCAGCGUCUUCCACGCGCCCACCGUCACGGCCCUGGUGGAGCACUACAAAGACCCCAGCUCGUGCAUGUUCUUCGAGCCGCUGCUGUCUUUCCCCAUGCACCGCACGCAGCCCUUCAGCCUGCAGAGGCUGUGCCGCGGCGUGGUCAGCAGCCGCACCACCUACGACGGCAUCAACGCGCUGCCCAUACCCAACGCCUUGAAGAAGCACCUCAAAGAGUAUCACUACAAGCAGAGGGUGCACGUUCACAGGCUGGACACAGGGUGGGAGUGACCACUCACCCAACUGGACUUAUUUAUUUCUCUGUAUAUCCUGCUGUGUAUAUUCUAAACACACUGACAAGAUACUAUGUCAACUGGUUCUUUCUGCUUUAAUAAACCUGCUGAAUUUAUGUUUUAAA